GCGUUUCAUUCUAGAAUUAAGUGCCGCCGCAGCAGGAAUCGAAAAAUCCCAGCGUCAGGCGCGCUCCGUGUGCCUCCAGAAACCCGGAACCGAGACAAACCGAACCGAAACGUUGAGAAAACGAAGCUAACGUGAAUGUGUAACGGUAUCGGCAACCUUAAUUGCAAUACAACUAAAACUGAAAUAUUUAAAAUAUUCAACAAUAAAGACAACAACAAAAAAUUGGAUACACAGGAUACACAAAAUGCGCGUUAGCGCUAUAAAGUGAAGAGCGUCAUCAACAGGAACAAUAACAAAAGCCAACAGGCAAAAAGGACAAAGGGCAAACAAAAACAAUUCACAGCUCGAAUAAAGGAAUUUGAAAGCAGAGUGAAGAGAGACAGGGAGAGAGACAGGGGUACAGAAGAAACAGGAACAGAAACAGGAACAGUAACAGGACCAGGAACAGUCGAAGCAGGCACAGGCAGUGAAAAGCGAGCAUGGAUAGCUCGCCGGAUUUGUCGCUGUCGCUGAAACUGCGACGCGGCUCCAGCGACUCACGCGACAAUUUCUAUAUGGACUUUGCGCAGGGCAUCGAUUCGGAUAUCGAGGAUGUGGACAACAGCAAUACACAUCUGGAUGAUGCGCUCGCCUCGAGCUCUGGAAUCCAGAUGGCAUUGCCGCCGCCGCUGCCCACAGUCCCGUUGAGCGAGGAGAUGCUGCUGUUGGUGGCACCGCCACCACCGCCGCCGCCAACAACGCUGCUUGGCCAGCCGCUGCCGACGCUAACGGAGACGGAUGAUAUGCCGCCAACACCAACGCCGCCGCCACAGCAGCAGCUCAGCAUGGAGGCCAACUCACCUCCCGGCUCGCCCAGCAACUCUGUGCUCGAACUGGAGCUGAUACCGCCGCCGCCACUGUCGCCCAUGGAUGAUGCUGGACUGCGCACCGAUGACGACGAUGGUGAGGAGACAGACGAUGCCGAGGAGGCGGUCAUUGAGCCAUCAGUAGCUAUGCAGCUGCAGCAGCAGCAGGAGCAGGAAGAUGCUGCCGAUGCCGAUGAUGAUGCCGAUGAUGAUGAUGACGAGGAAGAAGAAGAUGAGGACGAGGAGAAAUCGACACCGCCACCACCGUUGCCGCCACUGCCCUCGAAUCUAUCGUAUGUGCAGGGCAGCGUCACGCCCCCUUUAACUAAAUCACCAUCGACAUCUCCAUCUCCGCCGGCAACGCCACCGCUGUGCCCGGAGCUGAACAUCUGCAAGAUAGUGUCGCCACCAGCGCAACACGUAAGUCAGAUACCACCCCUAACGCCCUCGUCCGAGAGCGAAGAGGAGUCGCAGCCAAAUUCCCAGCCCAUUGUUAGGCAGCAACCCCAGGGAAUGGAGCAGGAUCAAGAUCAAGAACCACGACCAGACCCGGAACCGGAGCCGGAGCCAGAGCCGGAUCAGCAGCUGGUAAGCGGUGGUCAGCAGUUGGCCACCGAGGAGUACAGCAGAUCCCUGGACAAUGAGGAUGAGUCAACAACGAUUACCACACCGCCCAGCAAUGGAUACUCGGCAUCCUCGAUAAUUGCACCACCGCCAGAGCACUUUGCCGAGCUGGACGAGGACAGUCUGGGACAUGGCUUCAUACCGCCACCGCCGGCAGGUCUGGAGGAUAUCAAUGUGGAUGCGGAUGAACGUGAUGAACAGCAGCAAGAGAAUUUGCAGUCGCUCGACGCUGAUGAAGAAGACCUAACCAAGGUUGAAACCGAUGAACUGUCCAUGGACAAAACAUCUCCCAAUGUGGGCGACGACGACGCCGACGAUGCCGACGAUGAUGAGCCAGGCGAUAGCAUCAGCUCCCCCCGAGCCGCCAGCAUUGCCAGCGGUGGCAUCAUGUCCACCACUGGCGCCAUAGCAGCCAUGGCCGCUGGCAACGCAGGUCUGGGGUCGCCCAAGUCAGACGGCCGUGUGCCCAGUCGCAGCGGCAGUCAGCGCUCCCAUGCUGGCUCCCGCACUAGCUCCCAGCAUGGUUCACGCACGGGCUCGCACGCAGGGUCACGGACCGGCUCCCGUACAGGUUCUAUAGCCUCUGCCUCUGCAGCAGCCGUCGCCGCUGCUGCAGCCGUGGUGCCGGUGCUUUCCCCUCAAGCAUCGCUCAAGUCACAGACAUCGCACAAAUCGCAGGCCUCGAUCUCGGAGAGGAGUCCAGCGCUAUCGCAUAGGUCAUCGCAGCGCAGCGCCGAGCGCGUCCAGAGCCCGCCCGCAGGCGAGAGCGCACCAGCCAUGCCCUCGCCCCCAUUGAUGCGCAGCUCGCCGCCCGAGCUGGCCAAGAGCCCACCGCGGCAAAUGCACAGUCCGCCGCGCAUAACAACGCCACCGCGCGUCUGCAGCCCCCCGCUGGUCAGCAGUCCACCAAAGCUGGCGGAGACAGCCGCAGCAGCCGUUGCCACAGUGCCAGUCGUGGCCAAGAACCAGGCCAGCAGCAGCAGCAGCAACAGCAUUGUCGCCCCGGAGCCACCGCUGGCCACGCUUAGCUAUCAGGAUGAGCAGAAAACGCAGCUGCCCAGCUCGGAGCCCGUUUCCGUUUCCGUUGCCGGCACCACUCCGCCGGCCAGCGUGGUGGUGACCAGCCAGCCGCGUGCCCACUUUACGAGCAGCCAUCAUCAUUACCAUCUGCCGCAUCAGUUCCAGCAUCCGCAUCAUCAGAAUCAUCAUACGCACAGUGUUCGCGUGCCCACGCCCACAGUGCCGAGCAGUUAUACGCCAUCGUCGUCGGCGGCAUCAGCUCUGGAUGGAGAUGGACGCUCACCGAGCUAUAUGCGACGCGCAGUGCCUCUAGCGGCGCCCAUACUAAGCAGUUCGCUGCUAUCCGCUCCUGUAGAGGCUGGACACGUGGCGGCAGCCGUAUCGCCGGGCCGCCUUUCGGCACGCUCCGGCUCGCAGCAUCACGUUACCAUCGACGAGUCCAGUUUGCCGCACAAGAGCAAUGUGGAGACCGCCGGACCCAGUGGCCUGAUAUUGGUCGGCGGCGAUGGCGAUGGUGAUGGCGAUCACGGUGGCGACAGCUCUGAGCCACCCUCAUCGCCUGGCAGCAGCUCCGAAUGUCAGCUCAGCAAUGCAGAUAGAGAGCGACAGGGUGGCCAGCUGGCACUUAUGUAUCACUCCCAUCAGCUGACCAACUAUCCGGUGCUGCCGGCCAUCAAGCGCACCCAUCGCCCCUCCUUUGUCUAUCCACCAAUGCCGCGCGUCAAGGCCGGCGAUGCUCUGGCCACACUCUUUUCAGCACUCUAUGGCAAACUGCUGGUCGUCAUGGGCGUGGCCUUUCCCAUGGCCGAAGUUAUUUCUACCUAUAUACCGCCAUCCUUCUAUGAGGUCUACUAUUUGUACUUGUACAUUGGAAGCAUGAUCUUUCUGCUCUUUAUGUACGCCACACUGCUUUGGGGACGUCCCAAGCUGCCAGUGCCGAUGGCUACUUCGCCCAGUAAGUCGGCGGCCAAGGUGAACGCCUCGGAUAGCAUGGAUGAAUCGGAUACGGACAGCACAUCGAGCCAUCGCCGCAUACCGCCGCCCAUUCAAGUGCGUCGUCCGUCGCUGCUGUCGCCGCUUGGCAGGCAGCACCACUACGGCAGCUUCUAUUUGCGCAUGGGCGCUGUGGCAUUUGGCAUUGGCAGCAUGAUCUACUCUGGCCUCGAGUUUGGCCAGUACUUUGAGCUGAAUCCGGACACCAAGUGCCACAAUGUGCUGCUCGCAUUGACGCCAGCGACCCGCAUGGCUUUCAUCUUUAUCCAGAUGUACUUCAUCUUUCUGAACAACGAGCAGAUCAAGGUCUAUCGCUACAAGAUCAUCGCACGCUUCGGCCUGAUGCACAUGAUCGGCACGAAUCUGGCCGUUUGGCUGAACGUAUUGAUUCAGGAGACAAAGCACGAAAUACUCACAUUUUACAAUCCGGAAAAUCGUACGCUGCGCAUUUCGCAUCGCAUACCGGGCCACUCGCGCGGCCAUGCUGUCAUUGCUCCGGAUCCGACGGCACAUUUGCGUGUGCCACGUGGCCUGAAGGGUCCCUAUCAGAUCUUCGAGUGCCGUCGCACAAAUAUCAUUGGCACUUUGGUGCAGGACGCCUCUCCUUUUCUAUUCCCCUGCACCAUUGAGUACUCGCUGAUCUGUGCCGCCAUACUCUAUGUGAUGUGGCGCAGCAUUUCCCGUCCUCAGACAGCGACUCCACAACGACCGGACAUGAUUAGCUCACCGAUGAAGCGUUCACCGCACCACUAUUCCGUGGAUUGUGCCCGCGCCCACAAGGGUCUGUUUGUGGGCAUACUGAUCCUCGUGCUGACCAUCAUCUCGCUGAUAAUAUUCUUUGUGCUAAUCUCUCGACCGGAGUUUGUUGCUCUCGCGGUCACCGAGGUAACCAUCUGUGAGCUGCUCAUAUAUGGCACUGCGACCAUAGCCACCCUGUUGGGCAUGAUACAGAUCCGACAUCUGCAGUACGAUGCCUAUCGCAGCUUCUCCCUGGAUGACAUCCUGCUGGUGGGCGCGCAGACGGGCUCGUUUCUGUACAACAUCUUCACGGUAAUCGCCGGACACUUUACUCUGCGCAGCGAUGACAUGCUGGUACCCAUUAAUGCGCUGGCCUCCAUUGUGCAGACCGCAUGCCAGACCAUGUUCAUACUGGACGCUAGCCGGCGGCAGGCGGUCAGCCCGGAGCAUAUACGCAAGAAGCCGGGACGGGAAAUAGUCACAUUUAUGCUGGUGGUGAAUCUGGCCAUGUGGGCGAUUAGCACAUUGGAGAAAUCGCGAGCCGAAUCGCAUCCCAUACAGCUGAACUUCUACGGACUCUGGGCCUGGACCAUAAUAACACAUGUAUCCAUGCCGCUGGCCAUAUUCUAUCGGUUCCACUCGACAGUGUGCCUGUGCGAGAUCUGGAAGCGGGCCUAUAAGCUAAAGCCGGCAUAUAUGUGAGAACUCGCCCGCUCGCGCAUUCAAAGUAUUGCGCAGCAGCAACAAUUCUGCGAGGAUCUCAAGACCAAUCUAUCCUACUGCUACUGCUCCACAACUCUGGCUGGUGGCGAGCUCGAGACAGUCGACGAGGUGGACAGCGGCGGCGGCGGCAGCGGCAGCGGCAACGGCAACGGCAACGGUAAAGGCGAUGGCGACGGUGACGAGAACGGCGACAGCGACGGAGCCAAUGUCAUCGCUGAAGCAGGAACAGAUAAUGCCGUUAAUGUCGAUGCACGUGUCCAGCUGGACGAGGCCGAACAGGGCGGCGGCAGCGCAGCCAGUCGAUUGGAACGGGCCCACGGCCGGGCGCUGUCGCCGCAAAGCCUCAACACCGAUAAGGCCUUCUGUCCGGUCUACGUCAUAAACGGCGAAUGAGUUUACGCUCACUUUGAGUUCAUUGACGCAUUGAGCGGCCAUGAGCUCAACUUUGUUUAGCGCUUGAGCACCCGCAGCAGGACCUCCACCACCACCAACACCAACACCACCACCACCACCACCACCACCCACCAAGCAUAGGGAACCACUACGAAAAAAGAAAAAAAACACCACCCAACAGCAACACCCACCAUCGGAGAGUCAACUUCACAACAUAUUUAAACCUGAGCGGGUGCAAAAGUCAUUUAGCCCAAACAGAAAAAACAACAACAAGAAAAUUAAAAUGAAAAUGAAAACCUAAAAACAUAUCCGCAAGUUGGAAAAAUGGCAAUGAAAACAUAUAUAUUUAAGAUGUAAUACAUAUAUACAUAGAAAUCCGUAUAUAAUUGCAGGUAAACCCUUAAAAGACAUUCCUAAACGAAUAUUCCACAAAAAUUGCUAAGGAAGCCCCACAAGCAAUGUGAAGUCCUUUCUAAUCAAAGCUAAAGUCUCGUGUCUAAAGAACUUGUGUGUGGGUAUUUUAUUUUUCUCUUUUUUUAUGGGGUGGGUCACAUUAAACGCGUGAAAAGUGUGGGGCUUUCAACCACUUUGCCUAUCAUCCACUCUACGAUUACUCUGCGGGGAGCAAACGCGAAGGAGAUGCCACUUAGACUCAAUCUAGAAUCUCGACUAGGGGAAAAGGGAAUAAAGAUCUGCUCUAUAGGGAAAUGGACUGGUCUAGAAUCUCAUCUAGGAUGAAAUGGUAGAGGGGCCUCCUCUAAAAUUUCAUCUAGCGAAAAAUGAAAGAAGGGCCUCCUCUGGAGCGAUUCUAUGAUCUCUCCAGCCAAAUGCUUGGGAUGCUUAGCAAGGCCUUUCCAUUCUUAUGUGUCUGUCUGUUUGCGUGUGUUUUAAGGUGUGUAUGUAUGGUAAAAUAUCACAAUGUUACGAAUCGUUAAUGAUAUCAGUUUAAUAGAUAUCUACAUACACGUAUACCCAUAGGUUAGUUCCAUGUUUAUUCACAAUGGGCAUCUUUUUAAUAUUUUAAAAUGAUGGUGUGUUGAUGCGCCCCAUAUGCAUAAAGUUAAAAUAACAAGUUCCAAAACAGAUCUUAAAAGUUGCCCAUCAGUAAAAACAAUCAAAAAUUCAAUAGCUUUUGCAGUUUUGCACCAUAUUCAAUUUCCAUGACAGACUUGAACGAAUCACAAUACAGUUUUCAUACCACUUAUGUUCACUCUAAAGAGACUGAAUGUUUAUCCUUAAUGACCAGCCCGAAAUUUCAACAUAACACAAACGUAGCUCAACUGAGAAGCGCCGAGAAAGGCGCUGCCGCAUAACGAGUUGUGAAUCGUAAAGCAAAUAUAGUAUGCUUAUAACCUAAAGAGUUCGAUUUAACAAUAUACACGAUACGACAUAAUAUGAUACUAAACUACAUAUUUGGCAUUCGUGCAGUUUGAAAACGUUCUAUAUGGAUAUACUCGAGCAAAAGCAUAAUAAAUAAUAAUAAUAAUAAUGAAAGUAAAAAUAAAGGAUAUUAUCGUAGACAUUGCUGCGUAUUCAUAAUUAAGUUCAUUGAAAUCAAAAUACAUCUACUUGCAUAUUAAAUAUAAAGCGAGAAAAACAUAAACCCCACCAAAUGCGAGCGAUAAAGUCAAACAACCACGAAAAGUAUUAACUAUAUUAUACUACAUAGUAGCAUAUGAUAUAGAAAGGUUUAUAAAAUAUAAAAUAUAGUAUAUACAUAUACAUGCCAAUGUUCAUGAUCAACAACAGCCAACAACUACAUUUUUGUU